AUGUGGAUUACAACUGGAGAGGCUGUCCACACGUGGAUGCUUCCAUGCGUGUCAGAUGACGAGAAGUUCCCAGGACUGGGGGAGGGAGUCCAGCCUCUGGGUGUGAGGGUGAGGCAAGGGCAGCAGGUACGAGUACUCCACCCCGCUUUUGUUUCCCCAGUGUGUCCCACCGCAUGCAAGUCACAGGGCUGCCACCAGGACGGCCGGUGUUGCCACUCAGAGUGCCUGGGCAACUGCCUGGAGCCCAACGAUCCGGGAAAGUGCGUCGCUUGCCGGAACUUCAACCUGGAGGGCAAGUGUGUCGAGACGUGCCCACCCGGCUACUACCGUUACAAAAGCUGGCGCUGUGUGACUUUUGACUUUUGCCAAGAGCUGCACAACAAGUGUAAGAUCGCCCGGCAGUCUGGGUGCCACGUCAUCCACAAUAACGAGUGCGUUCCCGACUGCCCCUCGGGAUACACCGUCAACUCCAGCAGCAUUAACUGCACUCCCUGUGCAGGGCCCUGCCCCAAAAUUUGUGACUUCACCAGUCCAAAGAUGAUUGACUCAGUGACUGCGGCGCAGGAGCUACGAGGCUGCACUAUUGUGAAUGGGAGCCUGGUCAUCGGUAUCCGUGGAGGAAGCAACAUUGGAGCAGAGCUGGAAUCCAACCUGGGCUUGAUAGAAGAAAUCACGGGCUACCUGAAGAUCAGUCGUUCCUAUGCCCUGGUCUCCCUCUCCUUUUUCCGCAAGCUCCGUCUGAUUAGAGGGCAGACUUUAGAAAUCGGGAACUAUUCCUUCUACGCGCUGGACAACCAGAACCUCCGCCGGCUCUGGGACUGGAGCAAGCACAACCUCACCAUUGCCCAGGGGAAGCUCUUCUUCCAUUACAACCCCAAGCUGUGCCUUUCGGAGAUCCACCAGAUGGAGGCCAUCUCUGGGGCCAAGGGGCGCCAGGAGAAGAACGACAUCGCCCACAAGACCAACGGCGACCAGGCUUCUUGUGAGAAUGAUGUGCUGAAAUUUUUCUUCAUCAAGACAGACAGUGACAAGAUUGUGCUCAAGUGGGAGCCCUACUGGCCACAAGACUACCGUGAUCUCCUUGGAUUCAUGCUCUUAUACAAGGAAGCCCCCUUUCGGAACGUGACAGAGUUUGACGGCCAGGAUGUCUGCGGCUCCAACAGCUGGAUGGUGGUGGAUAUCGAUCCUCCUCCACGGACAGUCCAGCCAGGGUGGCUGCUGCGGAACCUGAAGCCCUGGACCCAGUACGCCAUCUUCGUGAAGACGUUGGUCGCCUACUCUGAUGAGCGCAAGUCUUACGGGGCCAAAAGCGAGAUCAUCUACAUCCAGACCAAUGCCUCCAUGCCUUCCGUCCCACUGGAUCCGUACUCUGUUUCCAACUCCUCGUCCCAGAUCAUCCUGAAAUGGAAGCCUCCCGCCGAGCCCAAUGGGAACAUCACGCACUACAGGGUGUCUUGGGAACAGCAAGCGGAGGACAGUGAGCUCUACGAGCUGGACUACUGCUUGAAGGGCCUGAAGCUGCCCUCCCGGACAUGGUCUCCCCCGCCAGAGUCAGAAGAUGUCCCAAAGAACAACCACAGCAGGAGUGAGGAGGUCAGCAGCCAGUGUUGCAAUUGCCCCAAAACAGACUCUCAGAUCCAGAAGGAGGUGGAGGAGACUGCCUUCCGGAAGACCUUUGAGAACUACCUCCACAAUGAAGUGUUUGUUUCCCGGCCAACCAGGAGGCGGAGAGAUCUUGGCAGCAUUGCCAACAGCACUGUGGUGGCACCAACCAUCCUUCCCACGGCGAAUGCAUCCGUGGCCGCCCCCGAAGGCUCCCAGGAGGCACAGCCCUUUGAGACAGAGGUUUCGAAGGAGUUCUUGGUGAUCUCGAACCUGCGGCACUUCGCAGGCUACCGGAUUGAGAUCCAGGCCUGUAACCGCAGGGCCCCCAAGGAAUGCAGCGUGGCGGCUUACAUCAGCACCAGAACCAUGCCUGAAGCCAAAGCAGAUGACAUAGUUGGGCCUGUGAUCCACGAGCUGAUUGACAAGAGCACCAUCCACCUGCGGUGGCAGGAGCCCAAGGAGCCCAACGGCCUGAUUCUGCUGUACGAAGUGAACUACGGGCACCCUGGUGAUCCAGAGGAACAUCACUACUGCCUAUCUCGGAAAAACUUUUCCAAAGAUCAGGGAUGCAGGCUACGGUCGCUAAAACCCGGCAAUUACAGCGUGCGCGUCCGGGCCACCUCACUGGCUGGCAAUGGAUCGUGGACAGAGCCUACCUACUUCUACGUUCCAGAUUAUUUGAACCCUCCGACUAACCUUGUGGGAGUGAUCGUUCCCGUCAUUUUCACUUUCUUCUUCAUUGGUGUUAUCAUAGGAACCUACAUCUUCAUCAAAAAGAGGCAGAAAGAAGGACCAACAGGGCCGCUCUAUGCAUCCUCCAAUCCAGAGUACCUCAGUGCCAGUGACGUUUACGUCCCUGACGAGUGGGAAGUCCCCCGAGAGAAGAUCUCUCUCCUGCAGGAGCUGGGCCAGGGCUCCUUUGGCAUGGUGUACGAGGGGAACGCCAAGGACAUUGUCAAGGGUGAGGCGGAGACCCGGGUGGCAGUGAAGACGGUGAACGAGUCCGCCAGCCUGCGGGAGCGGAUCGAGUUCUUGAACGAGGCGUCAGUGAUGAAGGGCUUCAGAUGCCACCACGUGGUCUGCCUCCUGGGGGUGGUGUCCAAAGGGCAGCCCACCCUCGUCGUCAUGGAGCUCAUGGCCCACGGGGACCUGAAGAGCUAUUUGAGGUCCUUGCGCCUUGAUGCCGAGAACAACCCUGGCCGUCCACCACCUACGCUUCGGGAGAUGAUCCAGAUGGCUGCAGAGAUUGCUGACGGCAUGGCUUACCUGAAUGCCAAGAAGUUUGUCCACCGGGACCUGGCGGCCCGGAACUGCAUGGUGGCAGAAGACUUCACAGUCAAAAUUGGAGACUUUGGCAUGACCAGGGACAUCUACGAGACGGACUACUACCGCAAAGGGGGGAAGGGCCUCCUGCCAGUGCGGUGGAUGGCCCCGGAGUCCCUGAAGGAUGGUGUCUUUACGGCUUGUUCUGACGUGUGGUCCUUUGGGGUUGUCCUCUGGGAGAUAAGCAGUUUGGCGGAGCAGCCUUAUCAAGGCCUCUCCAAUGAGCAAGUCCUGAAGUUUGUCAUGGACGGCGGAUGCCUCGAGAGGCCGGAAAACUGUGCCGAACGGCUCCACAGCCUCAUGCAGAUGUGCUGGCAGUACAACCCCAAGAUGCGCCCCUCCUUCAUCGAGAUCAUCGAGAUGCUGAAGGACGACCUCCACCCGGCCUUCCAGGAGGUCUCCUUCUUCUACAGUGACGAGAACAAGCCCCCUGAGACAGAGGAGUUUGAGAUGGACUUUGAGAACAUGGAGAGCAUUCCUCUCGACCCAGCCUCCUACACACAGCGGGACGAGGUCUCGGGGCGAGACGGUGGGCCCUCCGUGGGGCUCAAAGGGAACUAUGAGGAACACAUCCCUUACACUCACAUGAACGGGGGCAAGAAGAACGGCCGCAUCCUCCGCUCAAGCCCUUCCUAAGACUGGCGGCAUCUCUUUUUCUCGCUCUCCCCCUGCCCCCGGGGUGGGGUGGGGGCCCUUUCUUUCCUUCACCAAACUCAGGACUUGCAGUGUUGCUGCCCCACCACCUACGAGACACACAGACUUGCUUUCUAGUCAAAUUUUGAGUCACCCAGAAAUUAUGAUUGUGGCGGGGGGGGGGGAGGUCUGCUUGUGUCCCUUUUUUUGUCAACUGGCUGUUGAUGGACGCCUCUGUGAAGCACAAACUGACCCUGCCCGUGGCUGCCAACCCGCUCCGGUUUUGAGGCUGGGACUGACUGUCAUGCAACGAGGAGGAUGCUGAAGAGAAGGAAGAGCCUCAGACGGCCUCCCACCCCGGCCGUGAGGAUUUCAGGUUCUUUUCAGAGUGUUCUCAGCCAGCUCCUCCCCCCCCCCCAGCCUUUCCUUCCGCCUGCCCCCUUUCUGAAGGGGUUCUCAUCACUGGCGUCAGAAAUGCGGAAGGAUCUGCAAGACGUGUCCGGUGGGCAUUUGCCCCCCUCCCCUGGAGCUGACCAACGGCUGCUGCUUUCCCUCUUGCCGGGUCGGGGUGCAGGCAGGCAGGCAGGCAGAUGUGUUUCGAGUGUGUGUGUGUAUGUGUGUGUGUGUGCGCAUAGGUGUGAGGCAGCAGUGGGUGUCGCUGGGUCUUUUGUCACAAGCGUUCCACCAGCUUCCUUCUCCCCCCCCCCCGCCUGAAUGAAUCUCUACCCUGCAUUCGGCGGCCAAAGGAGAGGCCGAAUGAUUUGGGAUGUUGCCGGCGCUUGUGUCCAGGACUCAGUGGGGCCCCAGGAGCCCAGGCGACCUCUCCCCUUCCGCGCCCUCCCCAGCCAGGCCCUUGGGCUCCACUUGCGCAGCACUCACUGUCGUCUGACCGCGACCCAUGGAAGCCUCCGCUGUGUCCCUCCUGUAACUUAUUGAUGCCUUUGACCUCUUGUUGGCUUUUCCCGAGGGGGGGGGAAGGGGCUUGGCCUCUCCACUGGUUUUGCCCCCCCAGCCCACGUGCCUCUUUGGCCUGCCGCCAGGGGCAAGAGAAGAUCCUGCUCAUGGGAGACAGCCGCUCCCCUCUUCUGUGCGGAGGAGAGUCUGAGGAGGGACGCAUGACCCCUGCAGCCCCGCCCCCUCCCCCUCGUGAAGCUCGGCCUGCUCCCAGGAGGCCCAUGCUGCCCAAGAGCCAGGCCCCUCAGACUUGUCUGGCUCAGAGCCCAAAGUGGGUCCUGUUGCGUCGGGGCACAGGUCCAUCUCGCUGAGCCACAUGGCCUGAAGGCACACCCAGCCAUGGUGGGGAGGGGGGCGGGCAGGGAAGUCAUUUAGCUCUUUAAGGUGAGUAACGUCCUUGGGCACAGCCGUCUAAACACCCGCCGUUUUUCUGAAGGGAGGCAGAGGGAAAUGGCAAGUUUUUACUCCGGGUUUUGGAAAGCCUGGCCUUGCUUUGCAGCAGUCGGUGGGGGGGGAGUGAAUCCAGAGCGUGUGACUCCCCUUUUCCUGCAUAGGUUGCGUGUCCAUAUUUCCCUUGCCGUUUCGUCCCUCUGAGGGCUCUCCUCUCCGAACGGCGCACUUUUACUCGCUUCUUCCUAGCAAUGUGUUUCUCCCCACAGCCUCAUUGGAACAUCCCCCCCCCCCAGCCACGUUUCAGUUGCUCUGCAACAUAAUAAGAGUGUUGUUCUGCAACAUAAUAGGGGGUCCGCCUCUCUGGGUGGGAAACGCCAUCACCAGAUUGCUUUUUUCCUGCCUAUCUUCUAAAUCAGCUCUUAAAAGCUUGUUUCCAUUUAAUGUGAAUCAUUGUGUUGAGAAAUGGGGGGGAGGGGUCCCCAGGACUUUUCAGGCUGCGUAAAAUGGCUUGAUUUAAGCAAAAGCCAGAACUCGGUGGGGUGUGGCUGUCUCUGUCUUGUCCUCACCUUUGGGAUCUCAGUGAGGAUACAUUGACGGUGAUUUUUGCAUUCCUUUAAGAAUCGUUAAGCUUCAACUAAAUUUGAAUUUGGGGAGGGGUGGGGGAGGAAUGGGUCUUGGCUGGGGGGAGGGAUCCGGAAGGAUCCGGUGUUCUAGAAUGUGGGGUCCCGAGACAGCUGGUCUCGGGGAGGAGGGGUUACACAAGAGUAGUCCAGCACUGCCCAAAUGAGCCCGUGUACCAUGGAAUGGAGCCGUCCAGCAUGAGGUGAGCCUUGGGGGGUGGGGGGGCAGGCAUUUCGUGGGAUCUUGUGCCAAACCUCUUUUUCUUCAGGAGAUUUUGAGAGUGUGGGGCUGGCGGAGAGGAUGCAUGGGCAGGCUUUUCUGGAAAGGCUCACAGAACUGCAGUGGGAGUUUCAGGCAGUCUGGGAAUUCAAUGGCUCUGUUCCGCUGGCCACGCUGCUCUUUCCCAAGGCAAGCGGUUCCAUGGGAGGGCUCGUUGCAGGGAAAGCCCCUUCUGGCAGAACAGAUGUGCAGGAUCCAACCCAGCCCUCCCCUUACUCCUUAGGUUCUCUUCCCUUUCCCCAACAGUGUAGCUUUCUCUGCUCACCUGUCCGAUAUAGCACCAAGAACAGGCCCCCCCCCCCGCAAGAGCACUCACCCUGCAGAAUGGGCCUGGGCCUUGGCUCACCCCAGCGCUCUGGUGACAGGGGCAGGGCUGCGGCUGACUUCUUCUUCCUGCUUCUGUAGUUUGGGCUGGUGGUGGGGUGGGGACAUCGCCGCUCCUGAGAAGGUGCAUGGCACCCCUUGUGGCAUGCCUGGCCGAGGAGUUGAGUGUGCUCCCUUUGAGGGAGGCCGCUGUCUAUGUGGCCCCAUCGGCCCAGCCUUCAAGGCUCCCUGGUGGAAGGCCACGCCAGAUUGCCUGUUGGAAUGUGACUCUGAAGCCAGACCCUUGGAACUCCCUAGCCUGGGUGUCGCCGCCCCUGCAGCAGCAAGAGUUCCUCCAGCCUUGGGUCCUCUUGCCUGUGAGCCAAGAACUGCUGCCUUCGUGCGGGGAAUCUGACAGGGGGGCUGUUUGGUGCACUCCGCAGCAGCGGCCACGCUGGCCUUUUCCAGGAGCCGGGGGAGGAGGAGGUGUUGCAAGUCAGUCUGGAGCCCGAGUUCAGUUCAGCUGUCCCUUUGCGAUGGGCUUUUCCUGCCUGCUGACUGUGUGCAAACACGUCUUGGGUGAUCAUGUGUGAACUGCCACUGCAACGCUGCGUUUGUGCUGUUUCGCCUGCUCAGUCGUCCCGGAAACUGGCAACAGAGGAGCAGUCAUCCUUCACAGAGUUCUGGGGGUUUUGGCUCCAGCCUUUCAAAACUCUUGUCGCCAGUGCUGGCUUUGGAAUGCUUCAUCUGGACCCUGCAGCAUGAAGGGAGGCCAGCCGCUCCCAAGGGGCCCUGCUUCUGCCUGUGGCCUGGGACCGCUUGGCUGAGCGGGUGGGACUUUGCGCACCUGAUCCGAAGGCCGCUCCCCAAGAGCUGCAUUCUUUCCCCCCCUUCCCCCCCCCCCAAUAAAAAGCCUGAAGCAGUUCUUAGAAGCAAGGCUGUUUUUUCCUCUGCCCCACCAAUGUGAAUCGUGCCACUGAUGCACAGUUACUUGUGCUGAGUUUCAUUUUCAUAGGCCAAUCAGUUGUCUUAAAGCCAUCAGGCAGGCCCUUUUCUGGGAAGAUCUGUACUCUAGAAAAUGUGCCAAUCUGAAAAGUCGGGCUCGCUUCCCCUGUCGGAAAGCGGUGCUUUGUUCAGAGAGCAGGUGAAUAGUAGCCAAGGAGGACCCGCCAGCCGCAGCUGCCUUCUGGGGCCCCACUCACCUCGGGGGGGCCCUUGCUCCUCUGUGUCCACCUCAGGGCUCUGUGCGAGGGCAGACGGUCCCAGAACACAGAGUGUGCUUCUUCUUCUUCAUCAUCUUUGGCAAAGAUCCCUCUCCCUUAAUUUAAAAGGAUCAAAAUGUGCCAUGGGGGGGAGGGAAGACUAAAACAGAAAAUCCCCACUUGAUUUAUUUUUUCAGUGCUUUUCAUAUACAAGCCAAGCAGUGAUGUGUACAGAGAGUAUCUUUGGAUAUAAAGCAAAACCCUUUUUUUGCUGUGUGUAAAAUAUUGAAUGAUUAAACUGUUUAUAUUUUAAGAAAUCUGAAUAAAUU